CCGACCGCGGGUGGUCAAUACUCAACUUUUCAAUGCUCAAUAAACGGAACCGGGGCAGUAAAUUUGAUUUAAUGUUGUUUAUUAUAACUGUUGACGUUAUCAAUUCUUACUAAGAAAUGCUUCGCUCAGUAAAACAAUGGUGCAGAUAUUGGUAAAAAUAAAUGGCGAGCCAAGCAACCAAAAAGAAUGGGCGAUCUUAGAAUUACAAGGACAUAUAGAGACUAACUCUGGAGAUUCAAUAGAGGGACAGUUUAUUGGCCAUUUAAUUUACUCAAAGGUUCGACCAAUACUUGUUAUUGGAUGCAAUAUUUUAUAUGGAAAAGUUAUUGAAUCAGAUCCAUAUGUUGCUGUUUUGAAGAAAAGGAGACCAACUAAUGUUGAAUCUGAAACAAGUACUGACAAAAAAGCAGUACGUACAGAGUAUACAGUUUUAGCACUAGUAAAGAAAAAAUUAGUUUUCAAGACUAGGCCAAAACCUGUGGUUUUUCAACAUCAUUGA